AUGAAGCAAAUUCUCAAAGAGAAGAAAUAUAUAGAUGAGGAAAAAGUUGAAGUGCAGGGUAAUUGCAGUGCCAUAUUGCAGAAGACACUACCUCCUAAAUUCAAAGAUCCAGGGAGUUUCAUCAUCCCUUGCACCAUUGGGAAUCCUGAUAUAGGGAAGGCUCUAGUUGACUUAGGAGCUACUAUAAAUCUAAUGCCCUUAUUUAUGCUUAAGAAGAUUGGUGGUCUGGAGGUCAAAUCUACAAAAGCAAUCUUGCAAAUGGAAAACAGGUCCAUUAAGCAUCCUUAUGGUGUGGUAGAAGACGUGGUGGUGAAAAUUGAUAAACUCAAAUUUUUGGUGGACUUUGUAGUGAUGGAGAUAGAGAAGAAUGUAGAGAUAUCGCUCAUCCUUGGAAGGCCAUUCGUGAAGACAGCUAAGGUUUUCAUUCAUGUGGAUGAUGAAGUUAUAGCGUUGAAAGACCAAGAUGAAGAGGUGACUUUCAAUGUCUUUGAAGCUGGGCAGCCAAUACAACUGCCAAUGUAA